AAACAAGAUUGUGGAAUAAUGUGCUCAUUGAUGACGUCUUCCCGUUUUCUAGGACUCAAUUAAACACGCAUGCGUUGCCGUGCGGAUUUCAAAUGGAGCACAAAAUUCUUGAAUAUGCUGAAAUCUCGAGGAAGAAAAAAUUGAUGCACCCCGUCUCCUGUUUUGGCGAGUGAGAGAUUAUUCAAGGGGAGCCCUGGAAACAGCUGCUGUCCCAGGUGUCAACUUCGCACAGAAGCUAGAAAACAUCCUCGGUUGCACCCCCGACCCCUCCCCCGCCCCCAACUAGAUCAGCCAAUCACAUCCCGACACCUUCGCUGACUCCGCAGUCUCUCAGACAUGGAACCAGUUGGGUCGUGUAGUGGUCCACAGAAUUCAAGGACAGACUGCAGUCAGAGCGCCUCGAAGAGUGUUGGGAUGCAGUCCUCGAGGCGUCGACUCGUCAUGAGAAGUACACGGACUGUCAGGACCAGGACAAUUUACUGUGAUUGGUGGAACAGUGUAUUCUGCUGGGUUCCAGAAAAUCCAGAAGGAGAACGUCCGGCCAUCAGCCGUCAAACUCAAGCGGUCAUGGAUCACGGAAGUAGCGGAACGAUCGGGAAACACACAACAUGCCUAGCGGCACUAUGGCGGUCCUUCGCGCCCGCAAAGUCCAGACCAAGUUCUCAGAGAGAGGCGACACCAGCGCAGUCAAGAGGCUUCGCCCAGUCAGUCCAGAUGGGGACUUUGUCCACCGUUAAGUUUGACGAUGACGCCAUCUUGGGGGCCCCGGUGACUACCACGGAGGACGUGGGGGUGUCCAAUGAGCUUCACCGCGACACCAGAAAAAGAGGCAGCGGAAUGGGAAAGAUGGAGGAACCUCUUGAGAAAGCGGACAAAAAUUUGCUGACUGUGCGCUAAAGUCGCAGGUUGUUGUAAUCAAUUAACAGUCCAUGAUGGUCGGAGGAUUUCAAGAUGGCGGGGGUCUGCGUAUUUGUCUUUUGCUUGCAGCCUCAAUGUGAUAUCCAUCUUCAGUCUCCAUCUGGACCAGGCUCCUACAGACAGCAGCUUUCGACGUGCCGCUGGAUCCAGGUGUUCCAGGUCUUGUGUCCUCCCGGGUCAUGAGCAAGUUCUGUACCGUGAAGAGGGGUGGGGAGUCCGCGGAGGAGUGGUGCUGAACGGACAGCUCCCGCCUUAUAAAGUCCACGCGGAGCUCCCCCCACCCAAGAAGAGCAGCACAGCCAUGAACCAGCCCAGCUCCCCGUCGUCCAGACCCGCGCUCGCUCUCUGCCCAUCUGCCUGACACGCAGCCGCAGCAGCCGCAGCAGGAGCCGCCGCCGCCGCCGCCGGCGCAGCAGCCAUGAAGAGGCAAAACGUGCGGACCUUGGCCCUCAUCAUCUGCACCUUCACCUACCUGAUCGUGGGCGCCGCGAUUUUCGACGCCCUGGAGUCGCAGACGGAGACCAGCCAGAGGCGGGAGGUGUCCCUGCGCCGGGACGAGCUCCUCCACACCUUCAACUUGUCCGCGGGGGACUUUGACAGGCUGGAGAAGGUGGUCCUGCAGCUCAAGCCGCACAAAGCCGGCGUGCAGUGGAAAUUCGCCGGCUCCUUCUAUUUCGCCAUCACCGUGAUCACCACGAUCGGAUACGGCCAUGCGGCCCCCAGCACACACGGGGGGAAGGUGUUCUGCAUGAUCUACGCUCUCCUAGGCAUCCCCCUCACCUUGGUCAUGUUCCAGAGCGUGGGCGAACGCAUCAACACCUUCGUUAGAUUCCUUCUCCAUCGUCUGAAGAAGUGCCUUGGCAUGAGGCGGACUGAGGUGUCCAUGGUCAACAUGGUGACGGUGGGCUUCAUAUCGUGCAUUAGCACCUUGUGCGCGGGGGCCUCGGCUUUCUCUCACUUCGAGGGGUGGAGCUUCUUUCACGCCUACUACUACUGCUUCAUCACUCUCACCACCAUCGGCUUCGGCGACUACGUGGCGCUGCAAAACGACCACGCCCUGCAGACCAAGCCGGACUACGUGGCCUUCAGCUUCAUCUACAUCUUGACGGGCCUGGCCGUGAUCGGGGCCUUCCUCAACUUGGUCGUCCUCCGCUUCAUGACCAUGAACGCCGAGGAUGAGAAAAGGGACGCCGAGCAGAGGGCUCUACUGGCCCACAACGGCCAGGCCGGCAGACGCGCGCACUGCGCCGCAGACCAAGCGUCUCCGUCCUCCACGGCGUCGGGGUGUGUCGGAGGGAGCGCGAUGGGAGGCGGCAGUCGGGGACUGCGUAACGUUUACGCCGAGGUGCUCCACUUCCAGUCCAUGUGCUCUUGCCUUUGGUAUAAGAGCCGGGAGAAGCUGCAAUACUCCAUCCCGAUGAUCAUCCCACGUGACCUCUCCAACUCCGAUAGCUACGUGGAGCAAGGAGAAGCCUUCUCCGACCCCGUCCACUCCAACGGCUGCAUGUGCAGUCUGCAGCCCCACUCCGGCAUCAGCUCGGUGUCCACUGGUCUCCACAGCAUCAGUGUAUACAGGAGACUCAAUAAGAGAAGGAGCUCCAUCUAGACGGUUUCAAACUCACUUGGGAGUACUGUGCGGUAAAGGGAGUGUGGUACCGGAUUGGGUCUGGACUUCGGGAGAUCACAACUUCAUUCUAAAGAGGCACCAGGUGUCUGCAUCGCUGUGGUUCAAUAGCGCAAUCAUGAAGCAGGUGCCAUGAACUAAGCACAAGUCCUUUACAAUUAGAAUGCAGACCUCUGUGAAGACAGGCAGUGUGUUAGUUUGUUUGCCUCACAGUUCUGAAGUCUGGGGGUUCAAAUCCUCUGCAGUUUUCACCAAGUAAUCCAGGUUCCUCCCUGAAACAUUUCCUCGGUUCAUUCCAGACUAAAUUGUCCUUAGGUCUGGAUGUGAGCGUAGAUGAUUGGUUCGCUGGAUGUAGUCCGCGAUUGGCGAUUGGACUGUUGACCAGUCCGGGCUGUACCUCACAACUCGUCUAAGUCAGUUGGGCUAAGCUCCGGGUCAGCCAUGACCCUACCGAGGAAAAGCAGUGCAGAAAAUGGAUGGACUGACCUCUGCCAAUGCCAUAUGCAGUACUGCUGAUUUGGAUCGACACCAAAUUCUAUACUUUUUUGAUAUCCAUCUCCUCUAAACCCCCUGACUUUUUUUUAAUACUUAUACAUCUUUUUUUGUUAAUAGUUUGGGGAGUGGUGGGUUUUCAAAAAAAAAAAUAAGUCAAUAAGUACAGUGGAACCACAAUAAAACAGAUAAAAUGGGCCAUCAGGAUUGAACAAUGUGUCGAGAAAUAGUUUCCUUACUUCCAGAAACGGUAGCCGGCAGUGAAUGUGACACGGGGCUGAGUAUUUCCGGGUCACAGAUACGCAAUAUAACUAGAUCCCGUUUCAAAAGGCGUGCCUCCCGUGCCUAUGUGGCGGCCAUGUUGAAUGUGGGGCAUUGAUGUGGCGACCAUGUCGUAAUGAUUACCGUAAUUCCCGGCCAACAGAGCGCACCUGGAAAUACCAUUUGGUACAUUACGUGGGCCGCAGCCGUGUAAAAGCCGCAAGUGCCCACGUUGAAAACUGAUAUUGAAACAUGGGGUAUUUACAAAGACGGUCACAGAGAGUUUAACGCUAGCACUAGCGCCACGCUAACAGGGCCGGUAAAAGUCACUUCCUCGGUACAUAUAUUCCACCGGUCUCACUCUUACCUUUUCCCCUCGAGUGGCCCUUUGCGGCCGUUAGAAAAAAAUGCACAAAUUAGCCGCGUCACUGCAUAAACAGCAGGCUUGAAAGCGUGUAAAAAAAGUCGCAUGCUUAUAGGCCGGAAAUUACGGUACAGUUUAUCUAUUAUGUGUAUGGAGAGAGAGAGAGUGUCAAGGCUUCAGUCUUAACUCUAAGGAGUAAAAACACAAGGGUCUGGAUUCUGGAACGUGGUAUUUUUGUUCCAAUAACUUUUUUGGGGGGGGUCAAACCAUUCACCUAUACCAACUGAUUUGGAAUUAGGCAGCACACUAAUUCCCUGCGGCUCAUGAAAGCGACUCAACAGGGAUGACUGAUGAACGUCAACAAUGUCAUGAUGAUCAAGCAUAAAAUGUGAAUCUUUCAAACAUUUUUAAGACUUUUAAUUUAGAUUUAUUCACUUUAUACUCUACUCCACAUUUUGGGCCAUGAAAAUAAAAAUGUACAGAACAAUAAUUAGUACUGUCGAGCAAUAAAUUGCUUCCAUGUUUUGAAUCAUCAGAUAUAGUGUACCCCCCGCCACCCAAUCCCUAUUAGUGUGUUCUAUCCAGGUUCCACUGUAUAAAUAUUUUUAAUAGGGCCUUGACAAAUACCCCACUCAACGAAACACAAAAAUUAAAAACUUUAUUGAUACUGAACUUUCUUGUUACUCACCUUUGCUUGUUCAUUGUGAUUUUCUGAUAUUAUUUGUAUUACAUAACAAUGGUGAAAAGGGACAAAGGGGGCAGGAGGUAUCACAUGUAAAUAUCUUAAAUUGAAAUAUUUUAAUGACUCGUCGACAUUUCUCUCCAAACAGACUCUGGUUCAAUAUGUUUUACGCAUUUAAAAGACAAAAUAUGAAAACUGGACAUAUUCGGACACCGGAACCGAGCAAAAAUAUUGCUUUCACGAUCCAGUGUCGUUUCCUUUGCGCUGCGUUCAAGCCAAAUUUUUCGAUGGUCUUCAUCUUUUUUUUUUUCCCCCUCUCUCUGAGAUACUUUAUGUUAAAGUUCAGAAUGAUUGUUCAGAAUCAAAUAUGGAGGGAUGGGACACUCGUGACACGCCGUCACUCCAAUCGGACCUCACCGUUUUCUACAAACGAAUUGAUUCCACCUUUCUUGCUGAUUUGUUCUUUUCCGAUAAUCGCCGUUAUUGCAUGGAAACUCACUUUGUACAUACUAGAAAAUCAUAUCUACUUCACUGCUGCACCUUAGAAGAUUGUCGUGUAUGCUUUGACACUGGAAGUCAGUGCACAUUUGUUUCUCGUUGUACGGAAACCACAUUUUUUUGUGCGCGUAUUAUUUAAAACAUAUGUCUAAUGUCGAUGACGGAGAUUAUUGGCGGUAAAACUCGUGAAAUAAAUGGCCUCAAGAGUUUGAAGCUCAUGCACUUUGCUCAAAUAUCACACGUCGGACUAUUUCAGGUCUUGAAUGCAGUGCGUGUCCUUUACCUCCCCCUGAGCCCUGGGAUUUAUUUUUAUGUCUAUAUUUUAUUUUUUACAACGGUCCACUCAACAAGUCAUGCUAACAUUUAUUUCUGACACGUUUAUUUUUCUACAUACAGAUACCGAUUUACUGCAAAUUAUCGUUGUCCCUGAAAGAAGGACUGCAAUUAACAACGUGUGCGGCUGUAUAUUAACACAAUUAGUUAUUUUUUUUUUUCUGAAUAAAACGUAUUUUGGUGUAAAACAAUACUUGGUGCAUUCGAGUUUCGUUAUUCAUUGUUGGCUGAAGGUCAGAGUUUAUUAGGAAACCGACAAAACAAUAUUGUCUCUGUAAAGUUUGUAAAUACGGUCAAAUUAAAAGUUUAGGUGCAAAGAAUCUCCUAUUAUAGAUUUGUUGGUAAUUUUUUGGGGUGUUUAUUUUAAUAGUAGCUAUGAGAAUGUGAAUUGGUCACACUGAGUAAAGCAGGGGUGUCGAACUCAUUUUUGUCACGGGUUACAUUGUAGUUAAGACCCUCGGAGAAACCAUAAUUUUUAAUCAUACUUUACACGUGAAUUUUAUGGAGCAGUUUUGCAAGCAGAAAUCGAGGCUAAUGGGUUUUUCAACUACUGUUGAUGUUUGGUGAGACAAAAAAUGAUUGCAGUAUGUUAACAUUUUCAUCCAUGAUGUGACUAUUUGAAAUUUUGGUCCAGAUUUGGAAAAAAAAGUUGACACACAUGAUUUACCUUUGCAGGCCGCGUAAAAUGCGGUGGGCCGGAUCUGGUCCCCGGGCCUCGAGUUUGACACCUGCGUCCGUCAACGUUACAAUUUAUGAUAUGACCAUUUGAAAUUUUGGUCCAGAUUUUAAUAAAAAUCAUGGAGGUUGACACACAUGAUUUACCUUUGCAGGCUACGUAAGGUUAAGCAGAGCAAGGCAGGAAUCUUACACAGGAUUGGGAUAAACAAGCCUGGCUAUGUUGCAUUAAGUUUACAAUACACGAUGUACUGCACUGUACUAUGUAGUAUGAUUGACAACGGGUAUUGCGCGGUUAUAUAACGGCAGCGGUCUCUGUUUUGUAUCAAAACAAGGUGGUUUAUUUUCCCCAGGGAUCGAACGGCGGAAUGCGCUUCGAGGGUUGCGAUCUUAUUCUGAAACUAUUUGAUUUAUUAUGACUGGAAAUUAAGUGAAAACAAAUCGGAGGCCGGGAUCCGCGUGUCAAAAUUCAAAUCGAAUACAUUGGACUGAAAUAAAUAUGAUUAAACCCGUGAAAAUGUAUCGCGGAAAGCAUCCGUCACCUUGUGCCGCGCUGCGACACCCGCGCCGUUGCAUAACCGUCACCUCGGAGCACUGUCGCCGCUGAAUCCGGUACAGUUCGCCACCCGUACAAAAUUAUGAUCUGUAAUUAUUGCGGCUUGAGAAACGCACAGAGUCGGAGUUGUCGCCGUACAAGCCGCGGGCG